AUGGGCCAGAUCACCAAAGAUCUGAUUCAGGGUAUGGCGCCUCCAACGGGGCCCUCGGCCUGCAUCACGUGGCGAUCGAGCUGCCCCCGGGGGAAGCGGGGCCCCCCCGGGGCCCGAGCCCGGGCCCGCCGGCUGCGGGGCUGCCUGCGGGCCAACCUGCUGGUGCUGCUGACGGUGGCCGGCGUGGUGGCCGGCGUGGCGGUGGGGCUGGCCGUGCGGCAGCUGCCCAGGCGCCUGAGCCCGACGGACAUCCUGCUCCUCUCCUUCCCGGGCGAGCUGCUGCUGCGCCUGCUGAAGAUGAUCAUCCUGCCGCUGGUGGUCUGCAGCCUGGUGGCCGGCGCGGCCAGCCUGGACCCGGCCGCGCUGGGGCGCCUGGGCGGCUGGGCCAUGCUCUUCUUCUUCGUCACCACCUUGCUGGCGUCGUCCAUCGGCGUGGCCCUGGGCUUCAUCAUCAAGCCCGGCGUGAGCGCCCACCCCCCCAGCUUCCACGUGGGGGACGCAGGCGUGCCCGAGCCCAAGGAGGUGGUCGAUUCCUUCCUCGACCUCAUCAGGAACAUCUUCCCCUCCAACCUGGUGUCGGCCACCUUUCGCUCGUACGUGACCGAAUACAAGCAGGUGCAAAUUGGGAAGAAUGUAACAGAAAACAUGACUGAAGUCAGCAACAUCAGGGAAGCCAUUUGGAAGGUCCCGGUCGGCAAGGAGGAGGAAGGGAUGAACAUCUUGGGGCUGGUCGUCUUCGCCAUUGUCCUCGGGAUCGCGCUGCGGAAACUUGGGGCCGAGGGGGAGAACCUGAUCAAGUUUUUCAACUCCUUCAACGAAGCCACCAUGGUGCUGGUCUCCUGGAUCAUGUGGUACGCCCCCCUGGGUAUCAUGUUCCUGGUCGCUGGUAAGAUUGUGGAGAUGGAGGACGUCUUGUCCCUUUUCUCCAGCCUGGGGAAGUACAUCUGCUGCUGCCUGGUGGGCCACGCCAUCCAUGGCCUGGUUGUCUUGCCGGCCAUCUAUUUCAUCUUCACGCGCCGGAAUCCGUACCGGUUCCUGUGGGGCAUCUUCACAGCCUUGGCCACCGCCUUCGGCACCUCCUCCAGCUCUGCCACGCUGCCUCUGAUGAUGAAGUGUGUCGAGGAGAACAACGGCGUCUCCAAGCACAUCAGCCGCUUCAUUUUGCCCAUCGGGGCCACCGUCAACAUGGACGGGGCCGCCCUCUUCCAGUGUGUGGCCACCGUCUUCAUCGCCCAGCUCAAAAAUUUUCCUCUCAACUUCAUCCAGGUCAUCACUAUCCUCAUCACCGCGACGGCGUCCAGCGUCGGGGCGGCUGGGAUUCCUGCGGGCGGCGUCCUCACCCUUGCCAUCAUCUUGGAAGCUGUCGGGCUGCCCACCAAUGACAUCUCCCUGAUCUUGGCAGUGGACUGGCUUGUAGACCGCACCUGCACCAUCUUGAACGUUGAGGGUGACGCCUUCGGUGCAGGACUCCUGCAGGUAUACACUGAAAAAACAAUGGGCAAGGUAGAGGUGGAAGAGUUGGUGGAGGUCAAGAGGAACGCCCUGGACCCCAGUAAGGAAACGCAUAUCGAGGAGGGGUCCCCACUGAUCAAGAGAGAUGGGCCCCCCCUUUUAGAGCGCAUCAAUUCUUGCGAAAAGGAAUCCGUGAUGUAACAGGCCUAAGGAAGAAGCUGGACUUUCUGGAAGACUUUUUAAAAACUUGUGGGUUCCACGUUUGAGUGUAGCCCUCGUGUCUAACCUUUGAGACUCAGCCUUCACCUAGGAAGGGGCUGCCGGCUUUGUGAUGGGGAACCUUUCCAGUGAGACUUUGCUAAGCACACCCCUUCCCACUUUCUUAGGUACAGUUGCUCACACUUCGCACAGUGCUCCUAGACUUGAAAAUAUAUUUUAGUGACAGGUGCUUGGGCGCUCAGUCCUGACUGGACGUCACUCCCUCUGAGCCAGAAAGGGCCUCCUCCACAGGGGGUCACAGUGGCGGCUGCAGGAUUUUAGCAGCAAGCAAAACGCUACUCUGUCCAGCCCACCUGGCACCUUCCAAGCUGAGCUCCUUUUUAAUUCACGGUACAAAAAAUGGUUGCUUCCGCGGAGGCGUCUCAAACACUCCCUUUCCUCCAGCAGAGCCCCGCCGUCUUUGCCGCUUCACCUUUUUUCUCAACGUGCUUUGGACCAAAUGAGCAGAAGGACAAGCCUUUGGUUUUUUCCUCUGGCAAUUUUUGUCACUGUCCUUCCCACGACCACCUCUGCACUCCUAUUUGCUGUUCUGCCUUUGCUACUGCAGUGGAGAGAAAUAACUUGCUUGGGGAAGAUAUGAAGCCCAGGUGGGUUCCAUGAAGAUGCUCUUCAAAUCCAAGAACUUAUGUGCUUCUGACAGACAGCAAACAGUUCAUCAGACUGGGGGAAGAGAUGCUUUCCUUUCACAUUUUCUUAAAAACGCCCACCAUCUUUUAGGAUCUCGGGAACUUCCAUGACUGCCACAGCAGCCAACUUCUUCCGUUGCCUAAAAGCCAAGUCUCUUCUUGCUCUCCCAAGUGGGGUAUCCGUGUGGAUGAACGAACAGGAUGGCCCUCCAGCGUUAUCUUUUAAGUGGCAGCGCAUUUGCCCCACUGAGAUUUGAUUUUAUUUAUUUUUGGAACUUGACACACACGGUUUUUCUCUCCACAAGAACUUGGGGGUGGGAGAAGGGAUGACACCACCUUUAUUCUACGAAUCGAGAGAGCCAUGGGCAGUGCUCCCUCGCGGCUUUCCACUGUUUUUCCAGUCUUGUGCUGAAGCAGCUUCAUAUGGGAAGACGAUGACCUUGCAGUAGUAACUUUGCUGUGAGCCCUCGACCGAGUUUUGACCACUGUCUGAUUUUCCCUAAGCUCUGGCAUAUGUUAUAAUAACAAUAAUAAUAAUAAAAAAUAUGUUGCAACAGGUAUUUCAGAGGGUAGAGAGGAAACAAUAUUCAAAGUCAUCUUUUCAAGUGUCUCUGGAACGAUGAGAGCUGGGAACAAAGUCCGCUUGUCUAGCUUUCCUUAGGCAAGACUCUUCAAGAUGCAGGUCUGAUUCUUCUGUCCCCUGCUGUGUUUGAGUCUCUAGGCUGGAAUCCAGAUGGAUCUGGGGGUGCUAUGCUCAGCCCAGAGUUUUGAGCUUGGAAUAGCCUUGGAUUUUUUUGCAAAUUUAGAAACGUGCCUGACUGGAGGGGUUCCUGGCCUGUCUGUCGUCAUCUGAAGCAUUUUGCUGGAGAUGUGUUGCGAUCCUUUUAAAAAACAAGCUACUAAAACUUCAGAAAUGCAAAGGUAGAUUCUGCACUUGAUUUCCUACAAAUUAGUUGGGCACAGCAUCUCCCGCCUGGAUCUACAGUACAGUUUAGCAGGAUUUUGCAUUAGAAGGGCCUCGAGCUGGACUUUGAAGGAGGUGUGGGCAAUUGCUUGCCACCAAGGAUCCACUGGGGUUUGGCAGUAACAGUGACUUUGCAGGCAUGAUUUCAAAAAAGUAAGCUUGGCAUCCGCUGCAGGGGAGCUUUGUUUUACGUUCUAAUGAUGAUGAUGAAACAGAAUUCAUUCCAGUACAAAAACAUUUCUUUUAAGAGAUUUCCAUUCCUGAAUGUGUCACGUGAUUAAAACGUUACUGAUGAAAGA